UUAUGGAUAUUCUGGUUGGUAAAUCAAAACUAAUAAAAAUCGGUGCAAUGUUGCUUGUUGCAGUCUUUAUCAUUAUCUGUUAUGAAUUAGAUGUUGGAGCUGCAAAAGCAAAUACAGAUAUGUUAUCACUAUAUUUUACAUACAGCGGCAAAUUAAGAAUCGACUUUUUAGGAAACACAGAGACAGGUAAAAUAGAAGAUUGUCAUGGUGUAUAUUUUUGCUAAGUUGUUAAAUAAGCUCCAAUUUAUGGAGGAAUAGAUUUAGCAUUAGCAAUAAUAAUAAUAGUGAUUGAGAUAAUUGAAAAACCAUUUUUAAAAGAUAAAAUUAAGCCAGACCUAUUAAAAAACAUUGUUUUUUUAACACUCCUUUUAGGAUUAUUAUUUGCCUUAUUAACAAUGUUCUAAUUUUGGUUUGCAGCUGGAAGUGACGACUGGAAACUCUGUGCAGGUAGUCAAAUUUUAAUUGUGCUCUACAAUCUAAUUUUUGGAAUAAGCUGCUUUGUUUAAUUCAAAGUUAGAUCAUCCCAAGGACAAGAAACUUUAUUAAGUUGAU